AUGAUCUGGGAGCAUGAUGUCAAAAUAAUUAUCAUGCUCACGCAGUUUGUUGAAGGGAACAAGUCUGACGACUCCAGUAAGUGGCGUAGCCUACGCCACGUGUUUUUCACGGCGUGGAAGGACCAUGGAACUCCGGAAAAACCGGAGACACUCGUGCAGUUUGUGCGUACCUGCCAAGGCAUGUUCGGUCCGAGAGGUGGCUCGCAGCCACCAAUCCUCGUACAUUGCAGCGCUGGUGUGGGACGGACAGGCACCUUCAUCGCCCUUGACAUGUGCCUGCAGAAGCUCGAAGUGGAUGAAGAUAUCGACAUCUUUCACCUUGUCUUGGACCUGCGAGAGUGCAGGAGAUGCAUGGUACAAAACGAGAAACAAUACACCUACCUAUACCACUGUGUGGCCUCCGUUAUCGACGAGAUCUAUGGAAGCACAGUACAAACUGCCAUCAAAGGCUUUAGACGGAAUGCUUCAAUGCUGAGUCGGUUGUGGGUCGGCAUUGCCUUCGUCAAUUCAUCAAGUUAUCGCAUUGGUAUGGCUGACUCCCCCAACUGUGAUAAUGGCUAUUGCGUAGAAACUCUCCACCACGUUCUGUGCCAUUGUCCAGACUUUGAAGAAGAUCGCCUGACUCUUCAGUGUCCUUAA